AGAGAGGGAGCGAAGGGGAGGAUAGUUCAUUUUCAAAGAGUGCUUUUCUCCUGGAUCUGCAAAUCAGGCGAAGGGAUAUAGAGGACCAGCCACCGGAUUCGACCAUGGAAAGUGAGUAUUCCGGACGGAAGCCUGACGGAAAAGCUGAUCACCGUGGCAGCCACCCGAAGCCGUCCCCCACGGAUCUCCUCUCCAGCGCCAAGGUGAUAGCCGGGGCGGCGAAGGCUGCCGCCGGGCGCGACAUGGACAAGGUGGACAAGGCCAAGGUGGCUAGUGCGGCCGAGGACGUUCUCAUCGCGGCCAGACACUAUGGCAAGUUGGAGGAAAAAAGCUUCGGGAAAUACGUCCAGAAGGCGGAGAAUUACCUCCAUGAGUACCAUUCUUCCCGUCCUGGUACUGGCGCUGGCUCUGGCCAUGAGGCCUCGAGCGGUGGUGGCGGCGGCCCUGAGCACGCCCCCUCAAGUGGCGCCCAGAAGCCGUCGGUGGCCCAUCCGACGGGCGCGCAUCAUGGGCAAUCGGAGGAAGGAGGAUCGGGCUUUGGGGACUACAUGAAAUUGGCUCAGGGUUUCCUCAAGAAACCUGGACAUGAGGGGGGUUCACAGGAAGGAUCAGGCUACGGGGACUAUCUGAAAUUGGCUCAAGAUUUACUCAAGAAGCAUUAAUCUUUUGAGUUUUGUUUCUUGUUUGCUCUUUUCUUUUGUUCCUUCUCUCUCUCUCUCUCUCUCUAUCCAUGUAUGUAGUAAUUGGUGUAAUUGUUGACCUUUGUACGGAUUUUAAACCAUUGUAUCGAUUUUUCGAGCUAGAGAUGAAUAAUACCGGAAUGGCUGCUUGUAGAA